AUGACAUUUCAUUAUAAAGGCGUUGGUUCAUAUUCGAUACAGCGUGAAAAAGGUGACAGUUUGGCCGUGGGACACGUAUCAGAGUUAUGGGACUUCACUCGUGUUAGCGUAGCUCAGAACAACUUGCAGGAGUUGAAGGAGAUUUGGGAUCAAUGGGAUAAUGAGGUUGGGCAGUUAUUCUAUUUAAAUUAUGGGGAUUUACCUUAUUUGCUUGACAUGAAGGUAGACAAGCGUCUGUUUCGAGCUCUUGCCCAGUUUUGGAAUCCGGCCUACAGUUGCUUCACAUUCGGAAAGGUUGAUCUGGUGCCUACAAUAGAGGAGUACACGGCUUUACUUCGAUGUUCGAAUGUUCAAGUGGAUAGAAUUUAUUCAAAAGCGGUAAAUGUACCAACCUUCUUGAGGAAGUUGAUGAAUAUAACAGGGAUGAGUGAGCAGUGGGUUACAACUCGGAUUAAGCAAAAAGGGGAUAGUAGGUGUAUUCCUUGGAAAGGUUUGAAGGACCUCAUUUUAGCACACCCAGAUGCGAGGAAGAAAGUAGACGUCUUUGCUCUAAGUAUAUAUGGUCUAAUUUUGUUUCCUAAGAUCUUGGGACAUGUUGACGAGGCGGUCACUGAUUUAUUCGAUCGGCUUGAUAAGGGAGUUACACCAGUCCCGGUAAUUUUGGCAGAAACCUUUAGAUCAUUGAAUGCAUGUCGAAGAACGGGAGAGGGUAGAUUUAUUGGAUGUGCGCAGCUACUACUUGCGUGGUUCCACAGCCACUUUUGGAAGGUUGAUAAGGUUUCAUAUCAAGUCUUCUCUGAGAGUUAUUCACCGUUGAAAGAGGUAGUGGCUACGUCAAGGAGAGAUGACAUCUCGGAGGAGAAAUGGAUGGCAGUCUUUCAGAGUCUGCAAGAAGAAGAUAUCGAGUGGAGAGCUCCGUGGUUGCUUCCAGAUGAAAUCCUAUAUAGGUGUGGGGAUUUCGACUGGGUUCCGUUGCUCGGGAUUUGGGGAGCUGUUGGUUAUACCCCAUUGCUAGUGUUAAGACAAUACAGGUCAAGACAGUUUGUGCCUGCAACACAGGGAUUAGCCAAGUGUGAAUUCUCAUACAAGGAUGAUGGCUACAAAAGAAAGGCUCGUGAGAUGGCCAAUACAUAG